CAUGGUCGACCAUGGUCACGCACGUGACGCAAGGCAGCGCCUUUCACCAAGAUGACAUCAUUUGGGUCUCAUGCGCAGAGCGCGUCUGGCGAGCGGCUCGAGUGCUUUCUGCAGAUGAGACAUCGGUGUCGGUGGAGUAUGCUGGUGAAGAUGAUGAUGUGGAGCAAGCCGAGCUCUCAUUGCACGGCAAGGCUGCGCCCAAGUUGCUGCGCCGCAACGCGGAGCUGCUCGGGCAGGGCGCUUUGCGUUUUGACAACCUGACUGAGGUGCCGGAGCUGCACGAGGCGGCCGUGCUGCAUGCCUUGGAGGUGCGCUUCGCACAAGGUUGUAUAUACACCUUGACUGGCCCAGUCUUGUUGGCAGUGAACCCGUUCCGUUCCCUGCCGCUCUAUGGUGACGACGUCUUGCGCCGCUUUGCGAAGCCGACAACAGGGGCAGCGCAGCCGCUGAAACCCCACGUCUUCGGGAUCGCGGCCAAAGCUCUGGAGGGGAUCCGAGAGCGUUACGCCUCCCAGACGGUGCUCAUCAGUGGGGAGAGCGGUGCGGGGAAGACUGAGACAACGAAAUUUGUGAUGCAAUUCCUGGCUUUGACCAGCGCCACCAGCGCAGGAAAUGAAGAUGUGACGUCGAGCACGUCGAGCCACCGGACACACCGAGCACCCGCGAAGCUGUCGCUCGUGGAGCGGCAAGUGCUGGGCUCGAACCCUCUCCUGGAAGCCUUUGGCAACGCGCAAACCUUGCGGAAUGACAACUCCUCACGCUUCGGUAAAUACAUCGAGUUGCAAUUCGCCAAACCCACGCAGUUGGGCGACGAUGUGCCAACGCCCCGCAUGGUGGGAGCACGUAUCCACACCUAUCUGUUGGAAAAGGUCCGCGUGAUCCGACAACAGGAGGGCGAGCGCGGCUUCCACAUCUUCUACCAAGCCCUCAGCGGCGCCAACGGCGACAGUCGCAGUGUCACCACGGGCGCAGAGGAGGAGCUGGAAGGAUUCAAAGGAUACACCUUGGACUCCUUCAGAUACUUGAACAAGCAGGAGAUGGACAACGAAGUGGAACAGUUCGAAGCCACCCUGGUUGCCAUGGACGCAGUAGGUCUCUCCAAGACCGAGAUCCGCAAGAUCUUCCGAGUGCUUGCAGCAGUUCUGCACUUGGGCAAUGUGACCUUUCAGGACGAAGGCGAGAGCUCCAAGGUGGAGAACGGAGGCACCAGUUGCAUCAGCUGCGACCUGCUGGGCGUCUCUCUGGAUUCGCUCAGCACAGCGUUGACCAGUCGCACCCUGCGAACGCCCGAAGGACUUAUCCGAUCCAAGCAUAAGAGUGACAAGGCUUGCGGAUGCAGAGACGCGCUGGCAAGGCAUUUGUACCAUGCAGUCUUCAACUACAUCGUCCAGCGAUCCAAUGCGACCAUUGGCUUCCAAAAGAACUUGAGCUUCUGUGGUGUGCUCGAUAUCUUCGGUUUCGAGUUCUUUCAGUGGAACUCACUGGAACAGCUGUGUAUCAACUACACCAAUGAGCUUCUACAGCAGUACUUCAACGAGUUCAUCUUUGAGAACGAGACGACUCUGUACCAGGAAGAAGGGAUCAGUUGGGAUGUGCAGGAUUUCCCGGACAACAGCAGCAUUUUGGAGCUGCUCCACGGGAAGUUGGAGGGUGUCCUUCCAAUGCUGGAGGAGGAGUGUUUCCACGUGGGCGGAUCGGCAGAUGCCUGGUGUAACAAAUUGGUACGUUUGUACGAGCAGCAUCGACACUUUGGGCACGACCGAUUGAAGAAGGGCAGCUUCAUCAUUCGUCACUUCGCGGGUCCUGUGACCUAUCAAUGCACCGAGUUCUUGGAAAAGAACAAGGAUGAGCUGUCCGCGGAUCUGGUGCAAUGUCUGAAAGAUAGCGAGGAUCCCUUCGUGCGAGACCUCUUCGAGCAACUGGAUCGGGUCUUCGGCGUCAGCGGCGCCGGCGCCAGCGCACCUGAAGGACGCAAAAGCCUCGGCGGCUCAAGCCGUGUCUUGAAGGCCCAGCGUUACUCCGUCUCUGGCGAAUUCCGACAACAGCUGAAGGAAUUGCUUCAGCAGAUUCAGAGCACGGAACCUCACUUCAUUCGAUGCAUCAAGCCUAAUCCACAGAACCAGGCCUUCUUGCCAGACUCAGAGAAGCCCUUCUUGCAUCGUCCGUCUGUGGCGGAGCAACUGAGCUAUCAGGGUGUGCUUGCAGCAAUCAAGGUGGCCCGCGCGGGUUUCCCGGUGCGCUUCUGGCAUAGCGACUUCUUGCGUGAGUUCCGAUGCUUGGCGCCAGAGCUGUCGAAGGACCUGGAGGCCAUAGUGAAGCAAUUGGCUCAACAGGAGGAUGAGGAAAAAGCAGCAAGAGCUGUCAAGAGCCUUCUGAAAAGCGGGGCCAUUGCCGCCGUUCUGACUUCGGGCUGGGCCUUUGGAAAGACGCGCAUUUUCCUGAAACAGGAGCCCUACGAGUCCCUGCGCCGCCUCCGGGCCGUGACCCGCAACGGGGCCGCCAAGCGGCUCCAGAGCUGCGCCCGGGGGCAGAUGGCCCGGAAGGCUUAUCACACCAUGCGUUGGGGGUUCCUCCGGCUACAAGCGCGCGCACGUGGCUUGCUGGCGCGCAACCAGUUGCGAAGCUGGUUGAGAGCCAAGGCAGCGACCCAGCUGAGUGCGCUGCUGCGGACCACAGAGGCACUGGCGCGCUAUGGCGCCCAGCGAAGAGUGGCAGUGGCGCUGCAGUGCAGGAUGCGACAGAAAUGGCAGAGGAAGAAAUAUCUGAUCCAGCGGAGUCAGCUGCUGCAGCUGCAACGCUGGUGGCGUUCUGUGCAGAAGCGCCGCCGCUUCGGGCGGCUUCAGCACUCCGUGCGUCGCCUACAGGCGCUGUGCCGGGGGGCGCUGGGCCGUCGCGCCGCAGGGGUGCGAAAGGUGCAGCGGCAACGGCUGCGCUGGGCGCUGCGACGCCUGAUCCGGACGCGGCGCAAGAACUUGGCACUGCGCGCCUUUCGCGUGAAGAUGUUGGAGAUGUACCACCGGCCCCCUGUCACCAGCACGUUACAGAAGAACAAGGAGGAGAUGGUCAAAGAGGUCUUGUUUCUGCGACAGCUGGGCGAGGAACAGACCCUGGAAAUUCAACGUCUCCAGGAAAACAAUUCCCAGCUGCGUCAGCAGAUUCAGCACCUCAAGCAACGUAUCUUUUGGCGCGUGCGUGAGUGCUUCCAUCGCCAGUGAUGGAGAUGACUUUGGUUUCACCGGGAUAAGAGUGGUUUUCACUGGUUGGU